AUGAGUGAAAAGGUUAAUAAUUCUGGCAGUAAUGACAAGGGAGUUGAGGUGCAACAGCGGAAAAGCAAGAUGAAAUUGACGAAAACUAAUCGUCCAAGGCGUGGUAAUAGGGGAUUCACGAGGGCUCCAGGUCGUGAGAAGAGUCGUGGGACAGACGAUGGGAGGUCUGGGAGGAUUACUGGUUUAGGAGAAGAUGAAGAUGACCUUGAAUCGCGGAUCCAGAAUGAGCUCCACAACGGGUCAUUGAAGUUCAAAGGGAAGAAGGCUCAGAUUUCGAUCAACCAUUUGUUGGACUUCCCAACCUCCGAACCACAGCGCUACGAACGGGCUUCUUCGGCGCCUUCCUUUAGAAGACGCAAACAGGAGACAGCAGACAUACACAUGAAUUUGCACGGAGAUGCCUUUGUGAACGUGAAUUAUAGGUUUUUAGUAGAUGAUAGAUAUGAAUACCAAGAGCAAAGGGUGGAUCCUAAUGUGCCGUUGCCAGCUGAGAGGAUACGGAGAGUUUUAAUACCCAAAGGACAACUAUGCCCGAUAUGCCUCACAGAAGACCUAAUUGCGCCACGGAUGGUUACUUGCGGGCACGUGUUCUGCCUGACAUGCCUGCUGCAGUUCUUUGAGGCGGAGCCUACCCCAGUCAAGAAACCAGCGGAGAGUAUGCAGUAUGUUAAGAAGUCCAAGUUUAAAGAAUGCCCGCUAUGUAGCAGUAACAUCAGGCGCGGCAACUACCGACCAGUGCUUCUCGUGGAUACAUUUGAGAGCGCUGAAAGACCAGCAGUUGGGAAAAAGGUUCAGCUGAAGCUGCUAUGUCGGCCGCACGGCUCAGUUUUUGCCCUGCCUGUUGAUAUGCACGUGGACCCUGAUUCAAUUGGCCCAUUUCCACCUGCUUCAAUCCCAGAACUAUCGCCCUACGCAAAGAUUAGAAAAUGUAGUGUCGAUUACGCAAUAAGACUUUACAAAGACGAUAUUGACAGUAUCAACUUCCAAUAUGAGGUAGACAAGGCUAUCUACAACGAUGACGGCAGUUUUGUCUUUAAAGCGAUCGAAAAUAUCAACAAAGAAAUCCAAGAUUGCAAAGACCAGAAGAGCCAAUUGCCUUUGCCUGACUUAGAAUCCCUUUCCAUCUCUAGUGGAAAACUAGACUCCUAUUCCGACUCCAAUGCCUACUUCUACUACCAGACAGCGUUCAAUUCCUCCACCAAGUUCUUCCUCUCCAAACUCGACAUCUCUGUUCUUAAAACAGCAUUCCAAAACUACAGCAACUUUCCCCAAGUCCUUGAAGCGACUGUGGAAAAUGUACAUUACGGCACUGUCGUUACCGAGUCGUCCAUACAGAAACAUAAGUAUUUCUCUCAUCUCCCACUCGGUACAGACAUCGCGUUUAUUGACCUCGAUUGGCGGAAUAACGAGCUCCUCCCAACUCACGCUUUUGAGAAGCAUUCUGCAGAACUCAGCCAACGCCGCCGCCAGCAAAAGAUGCGUCGUGCUAGGGAAGAUAAGCAACGUGAGCGGUACCAAGCAGAGCUUGAACGCAACCAGGUCGAAUUCUACCAACGUGAAAAUGGUAACUAUAUUGAACCAUCUCUAGUCAUCCAGUCAAAUAUAUCAGUUAGUCUCCAGGACAAAGACCUAAGCAUUUCUGAACCAGAGUCGGGUUCUUCCCAAAGAACAUUAUUGCAAAGUACCGUCUGGGGGACAAAGAUCAGGGUACCCGAAGAACCCCCUACGGAAGAAGACCUUGCAUUUGAACAAAUGUUACUGGAAAUGCAACAGCAGAGCGCACAAAAGAACAAGAGCAAGAAGAAGAACAAGCAGAACUUGCUUCAAAUGCUCAGUACUAACCACGGACGAGGCGCUUGA